AUCGUCAAGAGCCACGACCCUCUAAGGCAUUGGGAGUCUCUAGAUCUCGUAUCUAGGGCUGAGUGCAUUUUUUCCUAGUCCCAGAAUUAUCGCGGAUGGUCGUAGCAGUCUUGUUCUAUACCGACACGGAAAUACCACCCACCUCCCGACUCAAACAUUUUAUCCCAAACUUCCAUCUCGACAAUAGCUACUGCGAUUCGAGACACCAUGGCACCUACUCACAAUAUCUACGCGCUGUACAAAAAGGAUACCAGAUACCUAGUUUACUGGCUGAUCGAUACUUCGAAUCGCCUCAUCAAGUCCUCGGCAGCAGAGAAAGAUGAAACUCCGCAGGGUCUCAAUACUUCGGGCCAAGUCACCGUCUCUGGUAUACUCUCCAUCUCGGAGCUCAUCGCGCAGUAUUCCGAACCAGUUCCUUCGUUCAUUUACCGCCUCUUUCUGUCCAUCAUAUCUGCUAGAUCUACCGUGUACAACGCAUUCCAACAGCUGCUCGGCUCAAAAUCGGACCCAGAAGUGCAGCGGAACAAUGCGAGCCACAAGCAUUUCAUCGACACGCUUAUGAAGGCUUUCAACAUCUUGGGUGGUGAGACGUGGCAGUCUGGAGGAAACGCUGGAGCUCAGGAACCUGGACAGGAAGAACUGGACCUUGAACAGAUCAUCUUUGGGAACAGGUUCAGUGCCUUGAAGAUCGAUGAUCAAGAGGGCUACUCAAGUGCCGAGGACGAUGGUUUCCAAGUCUCGGAACAAGCAUCAGCUCCUCAACGGGCGGUGGCAAAGAAGUCUUCAGCAAAAGGCAAAAAGGGCAAGAAGAGCAAGAAAGCUAAGAAAAGCAAGAAGGGAAAAGCCACUGCCAAUGUCAAGGAAGCCAGCUUGGACGAUGUGCCAUUGGAGAGCAUCAAGAUCAUCGAGAGUCCAGGUGCACUGGUCACCGAUUACUUGAUGGCCGUGUACUCAGCUGUCAAGGAAUGGGUCAGCCUCAGAGCCUUCGUUCAGGGUGUUUGGAAAGAAGUCGCCUAUGAAGGUCUCAAUGGAGCUGUGGCCGGAGCUGUCUCCAACGUGGCCAUCAAUAUGAUCAAACAGGCCGGAUCCACCAUCUUUGUCGACUACCCCGGGCAUGACGACUACGAAACCAUCAUGAACACCAUUACUCGUGGUAACCCAGACAGGGCUCAAGGAAACUUCCACAUGGCCUUGCACAAACUCGACUCACAGAAUAACAUCGCAGAGACCGUGGUUGACAACGCCGUCGACGUCAAGGAGCAGUUUCUGAUCUACGCCUACCAGGAUCUGUUGGACUUCGUUACCGACUUCCAGGCAACACGCAGUGGAAAGCCCACCAAGGCAAUGAGCGCCAAACUCGCCAACUGGGAUCCGAAAUUCAACUUGAAGACAGCUACCAAGCAGCAAAGACUGGAUUGGCGUCGUGCAUAUACCAUCAACUGGCUGUAUGAUCUGGUCAAUGUCUUUUCCUCCAUCGUGGUGCAACGCAACACUCUCAAAGGCGAAAAACAUGCCUAUGAGACAGUCGACUGGUCUAUUACAGGCCCUUGGAACUGCCAUCGGAGACUCUUUGGUCUCAACGAGUUUGCUGGCGCCAUUACUUCGCUGGCGAUGAAGAAGCCUGGGACGAACGUCAAAAAGUCGAUUCUCCCGCAUCACGUUUUCCAGCUUCAGUGUAUUGUCGACGCCUUCACAGUUUCCCGAGGCUGGUCCUUGAGCACCCUUCGAGGGCACGUCUUGGAGGCCCCGGCCAAGCAGUUUCGACCUAGACGGGACGUGGACCUCUUUCUUGAUCGUGAGACCCAGCGAUCUGGACACGGGUUCCUCCAGGCCGUUUCUGUCAUCAAGCAGAUCUUCCAGAAAGAUGGCCUUAAGCAAGGCGAUCCCAACCGCCUUAGUUCCCACUUCGAAGUCCUGGAAAUAAUCCAAUUGGACUUCAUUGACUGGCUUGGAGAGACCAAGUACAUGCACGGGCUCAAUACGAUUCCCCCAUCGCGUUUCUCGAAUCACAACGCCAAUGGCCUGUACGAGUACUCACCCUUCCUCUGCGGCACUGGUUUGAUGGAGGGGCUGGAAUUGGCCUAUGGGUUCAGUAUGGAACUUUGGGAUAGCAUGCCCGAACCCAUGUUACUGAUCCAUCUUCAUAACAUGCUCGUGCGGAAGGGGUUCAUAUCCAAGCCUGUCGGGCUAUAUCUCACGCUCGAAGAUAUUUUCAAGGAUUCUUUCUUUGUCAAUGGCGAAGUGCCGACAUCGAACUUCUACAAUGCUCUUAUGGCCAAAAUGGGCGAGACAGGUUCUCAGUUCCUCCACCGCCAGAGAUCUGCCACGAGGAAGAGGGCGGCCGCGGGGAACGACAUACAUGAUAUGCUGAACCUGGACGCAAACCGCUUCUUCCAGAGAAAGUCGAAUCUGAUGGUCUACCGUGCCGCGGAUUGGAACCCUGAUCGAAUUCCUGACAAAGACGUCGCUUUCGGGACAUUCUUGUUCUUCCAGCGUAUUUUCCAAGCAAAACGCGUCGUCGACCCAGCGACCAAAGAGACGCGGUUUGAAGACACAGUUCUCGUCCGCGAGGCGAAAGCCAAAGGCAUGGAUGACAAGGAGAUUCUCAACUUGCGCGAAGCAUUUUCGAAAGGACUUUCCCCGGAGAUGGGCACACUCCCGCCGUCUUUCUUGAAGUCUGUUACGCCUGGCGGUUUCAAGGGUGUGCUAGCUGGAGAGCUCCCCAAAAUGGCUGGAGGGUCGUCUAACCCUGCAGAUAUGAGGCUUGCGGGUCGCGAUCUUUUGUCGGCCAUUCAAGUGGAUAUUAGAAACGACGUGUCCGGGACGAUGCCGGUUUCGAGUCUGAACUAUAUCUGGGUGACUUGCUAUUUCUUCAUGCUGUUUAUGACGAUAGAGGAUCGCUUGAAGGAGCUGCAGAACCCGCUUUAUCUUCGAGCAUACAACAGCCCCGGUCCGUGGGGGAGUCAAAAGCGCUCUGCACUGGUCUCUUUUGUUAUGCAGGUAGAGGACGAAGAGUGCAUGAGAGUGAUGGCAGAAAUUUUCGACGAGUCUCGCACUGGUUUCAUGAGCCACAUAUACUGGGAGGAUUUGGAGCUUUCUGGUUCAGAGCCUACUACUCGGAGCAAGCCAGUCAUGGAUGAGGCUGAUAUGUGUACAGUCAUGUAAUUUUCAUUAUUAAUAUUUCAAUCAACUUGUCG